GAUCCACAUGCAUUAUGGGACAGUGAACGGACAGAAUCUGAGCGAUUGGCAAGGGUCAAAGUGGACAUCAGUCUGGUGGUUUCACAUUUAAAUUUCAGGUUUUCCUCUGUGACCAUCCAGUGUUUUGGAGGAGAAGUUUCAAUCCACUCUGCCGUCAAAUCACUUCACACACAACCACAAUCACGUGUUCGUAGCUGUAGCAGAGUGUAACAGGAAACGACAGAUCUUGACGCCACACAGAUAUCAAAGAGGGUGUCUGCCUUCCGGACUGAAAUUGGGAGCUGGUUCCACAGAAGAGGUCCAGUUGUUCUCCAGACAGAUGUUGGCCUUUUAUGAAGACCCGUGUGUUGGGGGAUUCGUCGCACUGUGGGAGAUGAAAUGACGUCACCAUGCUCUUCAAUGUCCUCUGCUUUCUAGUCGUCCUCGUCGUCCAAGGACUGUCUGAGGCGCCACCAGCACCGCCACAGGACAUCCAUGUUGAUAAGUGGCUGCUGACAUGGAAUCCUGCCACUGAGGAGGGAGAUGUCACCUACACGGUUCAGUACAGCAGCUUUGACAGCGGUGUGUGGACGAAUGUACCAGCCUGCAUCCGCAUAUCUUCAAAUUCCUGUAAUGUCAUUUCCACCAAAUCCAAACACGAGCAAGGCUGCAUUCUGCUGCGUGUGCGAGCAGAGAGACGUGGGCUGCGCUCGACACCAGUCAGAGCCUGUAGCAGACACGGUGACUCCUGUACUCCUGACUUCAGUCUGACUGCAGGGCGUGGCAUCCUGACUGUACAACUGAGUAGGAACCAGAGUUUUGCUCAUGAACAUGCAUACAAAGCAAAAUUCAGGGUUUACUAUGGCAAGGAAGGAGAGCCCCUGAAGCAGUAUAAAGAUAGUGUCGCCACGGUGACCAUACCUGAUCUGCAGGAGGGACAGCGGUACUGUACAGAGGUGCAGUAUCUUUACUACGAAGACCCCGUCGGACUGCCCACCUGUAGCCAGUGUGCGGUCAUCCUUGAGUCAAAAAAAGACUACAAACAAACAGAGAUAAUAGUAGCUGUGGUCGUCAUCCUGCUCUGUCUGAUUCCUGUGGUAGCAUACUUCCUCAUCUUCCAAAGUGGGAAAAUCAAAGAGUUGCUGCAACCUCCAUACCACAUCCCAGAAGACUUCUUCCUCGAACCACUUCCUGCGCAUCACCGUCCCAUCUCCACCACUGAGGAGCACUUGGAUGUCAUUACUUGCAUUUCCCCAGAGUGCAGAGACUGAAAGCAGCUGCCCUCCACCUGCUUCUGCACUACACCUCCUCUUUGUGGCCUUCUUAUUACGCUGUUCUUGGGAUCAGACCUGAGGAAUUGAACUAUUUGGAGACAAAGUCUGUCCCCACAUUUAUACCCGGUCUGCUCCUCCCUGAAGCCAGACUUUCUGCUGAGAUGAAUGUGGACUCGUGGAAAAGUGACGUUUUGAUUUCAAGUUGCCUGGGAAGAGGAACUCUUAAUUUGACCUAGAUUCAGUUGUCACUCCAUGAGGGAAACCACUUGAGUUAAUAGGGCUCCACACCGUGUUGUUAUCCCCACUCUCAUUCGGUUUAAUAUGGCUGCAAGAGUUCAAGGAAAUUAUAAGCAAAAUGUAACAUUAACACUGAGGUCCCAAGUUAAGAGAGAUUUUCUAAAUUUACAUGAAAGUGUGCAAAAACACCUAGAUAAGGACUGUGCUUGGUAGCAUUUCUGCACCUUUUUAUGAGCCUCCAUAUGUAAAAUACUUCUAAAUUCUAGGAGAAGAACUUGUUUGUGCCUACGCCGCUAAAGAAAAAGUGCACUUUGCCCUGUCGACCCAUGGAGAGCCACAGUCGACAUAAAUCAGCUCAUUAGAAACAGUUAAACCCACAGCAGUGACAGGAUCAGUGCCAUGUGUACAUCUCCUUGACACUAGUUUUAAGGAAGAUCACCACAGCUCCUUCCUUUUGAGCUGCUGAUUUCUGAAAACGAAAUGGUGUGGGCGGCACGGUGGUGCAGUGGUUAGCACUGUCGCCUCACAGCAAGAAUGCCGCUUUAGGCCCUUCUGUGUGGAGUUUCUCCCCCGUGUUAGUGUGGGUUUUUCUCCGGUUUCUCCCACAGU